AUGUCUUCAUCUAUUUCUCUUACUUCUUCUAUUACUUCUUCUGUUCCUUCUAUUACUAUUUCUUCUUCUUUUCUUCGAUUUCUUCUUCUGCAAAUUCUUCUUCAUCUAUUUCUCUUAUUUCUUCUCCUAUUACUUCUUCUGUUCCUUCUAUUUCCUUCUAUUACUUUUUCUUCGAUUUCUUCUUCUGCAAAUUCUUCUUCAUCUAUUUCUCUUAUUUCUUCUCCUAUUACUUCUUCUGUUCCUUCUAUUACUAUUUCUACUUCUUUUUCUUCGAUUUCUUCUUCUUCAAAUACUUCUUCUUUUUUUCUUCUAUUACUUCUUCUUCUUUUCCUUCGAUUUCUUCUUCUGCAAUGUCUUCAUCUAUUUCUCUUACUUCUUCUAUUACUUCUUCUGUUCCUUCUAUUACUAUUUCUUCUUCUUUUCCUUCGAUUUCUUCUUCUGCAAUGUCUUCAUCUAUUUCUCUUACUUCUUCUAUUUCCUAUUACUUCUAUUUCCUUCUAUUACUGUUUCUUCUUCUUUUCUUCAAUUUCUUCUUCUUCUUUCUCUUAUUUCUUCUCUAUUACUUCUUCUGUUUUCUUCUUACUAUUUCUCUUCUUCUUUUCUUCUUAUUUUUCUUCUUCUUCAAAUACUUCUUCAUCUAUUUUCUUUCUUCUUCUAUUACUUCUUCUCUUCUUCUAUUUCUUCUUCUUUUCUUCAUUUCUUCUUCUUCAAAUACUUCUUCAUCUAUUUCUCUUAUUUCUUCUAUUACUUCUUCUGUUCCUUCUAUUACUGUUUCUUCUUCUUUUUCUUCGAUUUCUUCUUCUUCUUCUUCAUCUAUUUCUCUUAUUUCUUCUAUUACUUCUUCUGUUCCUUCUAUUACUAUUUCUUCUUCUUUUUCUUCGAUUUCUUCUUCUUCAAAUACUUCUUCAUCUAUUUCUCUUAUUUCUUCUCCUAUUACUUCUUCUGUUCCUUCUAUUACUAUUUCUUCUUCUUUUUCUUCGAUUUCUUCUUCUUCUUCUUCUUUAUUUCUCUCUUAUUUCUUCUUCUUCUUCUGUUUCCUUCUAUUACUAUUUCUUCUUCUUCUUUUUUCUUCGAUUUCUUCUUCUUCAAAUUCUUCUUCUUCUAUUUCAUUUUUCUUCUUCUUCUAUUACUUCUUCUGUUUCUUUUAUUUCUAUUUCUUCUUCUUUUUCUAUUUUCUUCUUCUUUUCUUCAAUUUCUUCUUCUUCAAAUUCUUCUUCAUCUAUUUCUCUUCUUCUUUAUUACUUCUUCUUCCUUCUAUUCCUUCUAUUUCUUCUUUACUAUUUCUUCUUCUUUUUCUUCCUUCUAUUACUAUUUUCUUCUUCUUCAAAUUCUUCUUCAUCUAUUUCUCUUAUUUCUUCUGUUUCUAUUCUAUUUUCUUCUUCGAUUUCUUCUUCUGUCUUCAUCUACUUCUUCUUCUUCUUCUUUUUCUUAUUUCUUCUUCUUCUUCUUUCAAAUUCUUCUUCAUCUAUUUCUCUUAUUUCUUCUUCUAUUACUUCUUCUGUUUCCUUCUUCUUUUUCUUCUUUUCUUCGAUUUCUUCUUCUAUUUCUUCUUCUUUUCUUCGAUUUCUUCUUCUUCCUUCUAUUAAUUUCUUCUUCUUUUCUUAUUUCUUCUUCUUUCUUCUUUCUAUUCUCUUCUUCUUCUAUUACUUCUUCUUCUUCUAUUUCUUCUUCUUUUCAUCGAUUUCUUCUUCUUCAAAUUCUUCUUCAUCUAUUUCUCUUAUUUCUUCUCCCUAUUACUUCUUCUGUUCCUUCUAUUACUAUUUCUUCGAUUUCUUCUUCUUCUUUUCUUCUUCUUAUUUCUUCUUCAUUUCUUCUUCUUUUCUUCUUCUUCAAAUUCCUUCUAUUACUUCUUCUUCUUUUCCUUCUAUUACUAUUUCUUUUCUUUUUUCGAUUUCUUCUUCUUCAAAUUCUUCUUCAUCUAUUUUCUUAUUUUCUUCUAUUACUUUUCUUCUUCUAUUACUUCUUCUUCUUUUUCCUUCUAUUUCUAUUUUUCUUCUUUUUUUCUUCUUCUUUUUCUUCUUCUUCUUCUUCAUCUAUUUCUCUUAUUUCUUCUUCUUCUUCUUUUCCUUCUAUUUCUUCUUCUUCAAAUACUUCUUCAUCUUUCUUCUUCUUUCCUUCUAUUACUAUUUCUUCUUCUUUUUCUUCGAUUUCUUCUUUCUUCUUCAUCUAUUUCUCUUAUUUCUUCUAUUACUUCUUCUGUUCUUCUUUCUACUUUCUUCUUUUUAUUCGAUUUCUUCUUCUGCAAAUUCUUCUUCAUCUAUUUCUCUUAUUUCUUCUAUUACUUCUUCUGUUCCUUCUAUUACUAUUUCUUCUUCUUUUUCUUCGAUUUCUUCUUCUUCAAAUUCUUCUUCAUCUAUUUCUCUUAUUUCUUCUUCUAUUACUUCUUCUCUCUCUUCAGGAACAAUUUCAUCCAUUAUUUUAGGAAUCUGCCUCUUUCUACUAAUUUUAGGCAUCAUCUUAAAAAAUGUGCGGACUUUCUUAAAGAAAAAAAAACGCAAAACACCAGUCCAGGAAAGCGGUAAUAAUGCAGAAGAUUUAUAUACAGAAAUUGAUGGCUCCAGGAUAGAUCAACAUGUAUUGGCGCAAAGAAUGAAUGAACCUUUGUUCAAUGACACUGGUGAUUAUAAUCAUCUGGAUGAAAUACAAAUGACUGAACAUAAAGCUAAAAGCGGAGAAACGAUUUUGGUAAUGGAUUCUUCUGGUUACAGUCAUGUGACCGAUCUACAGAAAAACACUCACACUGCAGAAAAGUUAAGUGAACACUUGGCAGAAUGA